GGACAUGCAUCCCUCCGGGUAGACUGCACAUCCCUGGGUCCAUCCCCCGCCCCGCGCGGUCAGAGGCAGGCGCUGGGUGUGCGAAGAGGAUCCGGGUGGAAAUCUGCGCCCCCGUUCUGGUCCCCGCCCCGUCUCACCGCCCUCUCCCCCUCCUGGAGUCGAAAUUUCCCGGGGAUUAUGUUUCGGAAAGGAACCCGGCGAGGAAAUACAUGCACUGGCUGAGAAUCGCCCGCGCCAGGGCGCAACGCUACAAGGUGUAGGGAGAGUGUGGGGUGGGGCGAGAGGGGACCCAAGAGUCCCGUGCUCGGAGCGCCGCGGCGUCGGUUCUUCGUUCCUGCCCUCUGGGCGGACGGAGUGACCCCGGCCCCCACUCCCCGCCCCGACCAUGGUAGUGUUCAAUGGCCUUCUUAAGAUCAAAAUCUGCGAGGCCGUGAGCUUGAAGCCCACAGCCUGGUCGCUGCGCCAUGCGGUGGGACCCCGGCCGCAGACUUUCCUUCUCGACCCCUACAUCGCCCUCAACGUGGACGACUCGCGCAUCGGCCAAACGGCCACCAAGCAGAAGACCAACAGCCCGGCCUGGCACGACGAGUUCGUCACUGAUGUGUGCAACGGGCGCAAGAUCGAGUUGGCUGUCUUCCACGAUGCCCCCAUCGGCUACGAUGACUUCGUGGCCAACUGCACCAUCCAGUUUGAGGAGCUGCUGCAGAACGGGAGCCGUCACUUCGAGGACUGGAUUGAUCUGGAGCCAGAAGGAAGAGUGUAUGUGAUCAUUGAUCUCUCGGGGUCGUCGGGUGAAGCCCCUAAAGACAAUGAAGAACGUGUGUUUCGGGAGCGCAUGCGGCCCAGGAAGCGGCAGGGGGCUGUCAGGCGCAGGGUCCACCAGGUCAACGGCCACAAGUUCAUGGCCACCUACCUUCGGCAGCCCACCUACUGUUCCCACUGCCGAGAUUUUAUCUGGGGUGUCAUAGGAAAGCAGGGAUACCAAUGUCAAGUCUGCACUUGCGUGGUCCACAAGAGAUGCCAUGAGCUCAUAAUUACGAAGUGUGCUGGAUUAAAGAAACAGGAAACCCCCGACGAGGUGGGCUCCCAGCGGUUCAGUGUCAACAUGCCUCACAAGUUCGGGAUCCACAACUACAAGGUCCCCACCUUCUGCGACCACUGUGGCUCCUUGCUCUGGGGCCUCUUGCGGCAGGGUCUGCAGUGCAAAGUCUGCAAGAUGAACGUUCACCGGCGCUGUGAGACCAACGUGGCUCCCAACUGUGGCGUGGAUGCCAGGGGUAUCGCUAAAGUGUUGGCUGACCUGGGUGUUACUCCAGACAAGAUCACCAAUAGUGGCCAGAGGAGGAAAAAGCUCAUUGCUGGUGCUGAGUCCCCCCAGCCUGCUUCUGGAAGCUCACCGUCUGAGGAAGACCGAUCCAAGUCUGCCCCCACCUCUCCCUGUGACCAAGAAAUAAAAGAACUUGAAAACAACAUCCGGAAGGCCUUGUCAUUUGACAAUCGAGGGGAGGAGCACAGGGCGGCAUCAUCCACCGAUGGUCAGCUGGCAAGCCUGGGUGAAAAUGGUGAAGUCCGGCAAGGCCAGGCCAAGCGCUUGGGCCUGGAUGAGUUCAACUUCAUCAAGGUGUUGGGCAAAGGCAGCUUCGGCAAGGUCAUGCUGGCGGAGCUCAAAGGCAAAGAUGAAGUCUAUGCCGUGAAGGUCCUAAAGAAGGAUGUCAUCCUUCAGGAUGAUGAUGUGGACUGCACGAUGACAGAGAAGCGGAUUUUGGCUCUGGCUCGAAAACAUCCGUACCUAACCCAGCUCUAUUGCUGCUUCCAGACCAAGGACCGCCUCUUUUUUGUCAUGGAGUAUGUGAAUGGUGGGGACCUCAUGUUCCAGAUUCAGCGCUCCCGGAAAUUCGAUGAGCCUCGUUCCCGGUUCUAUGCUGCAGAGGUUACAUCAGCUCUCAUGUUCCUCCACCAACAUGGAGUCAUCUACAGGGAUUUGAAACUGGACAAUAUCCUUCUGGAUGCAGAAGGUCAUUGCAAGCUGGCUGACUUUGGGAUGUGCAAGGAAGGGAUUCUGAACGGUGUGACGACCACCACUUUCUGUGGCACACCCGACUACAUUGCUCCCGAGAUCCUGCAGGAGUUGGAGUAUGGCCCCUCAGUGGACUGGUGGGCCCUGGGGGUACUGAUGUACGAGAUGAUGGCCGGGCAGCCCCCCUUCGAGGCUGACAACGAGGACGAUCUGUUUGAGUCCAUCCUCCAUGACGACGUGCUCUACCCGGUCUGGCUCAGCAAGGAGGCGGUCAGCAUCCUGAAAGCUUUCAUGACCAAGAACCCCCACAAGCGCCUGGGCUGCGUGGUGGCGCAGAACGGUGAGGAUGCCAUCAAGCAGCACCCGUUCUUCAAGGAGAUUGACUGGCUGCUCCUGGAGCAGAAGAAGAUCAAGCCGCCUUUCAAACCUCGCAUUAAAACCAAAAGAGACGUCAAUAAUUUUGACCAAGACUUUACCCGGGAAGAGCCAGUACUCACACUCGUGGACGAAGCCAUUGUGAAGCAGAUCAACCAGGAGGAAUUCAAAGGCUUCUCCUACUUUGGUGAAGACCUGAUGCCCUGAGCAACCGCUCCCGGUGAAGUUUGGUGAUGCUGCAAGCAGGGGCGCCGGGAAGACUCCUAUUUUCCCAUCAGAUGGUCUUGAACUACUUCUCCCCGGAGCCCAGUCCCUUGUCCACCCUCUAUUUAUUGCAUUCCCUCACCCCGGGGCCAGCUCCUCCCCACUUCCACCUGAUGACCGGAAGGCACUCUUGAUUCUCGUCUCACCAGUACUGCAGAAUUGUGCAGGCUCAGCAGUUCACUGGACCACUGCUGAGUUUGGUCUGUUGGCAAGCCUGGCUUUGCUCCCCGGGGGCUUCGGUAAGAAAGGAACUUCAGGUCUUUUACUGCAAAGAAAAGAAGGAAAGAAAAAAGCAAGCAAGACUCGGGCUCUGUUUUUGAACAUAGAGUCCUGACAAUUCUUGCUUCUCCUCACUCCAGUCCCCCACCCACCACCUGCCACCCUCUGCCAUUCUAUCCAGAAGAGAAGAAGAGACUGGUACUUCUUCAGCCCAAGGGUGAGCGCCCUCUAGGCGUGCCCAGGAAGGAGUGAGGUCGGAAGACACCCUGAUUGGCUCCCUGUGUUGGUUUGCUCUGGAAUGGCUCAUCGUCAUUUGCUUUGGUUUUAGAUUUGGGGCAUGCCGAAGUUGUAUAAGCAUGUAUCUUGUGGAAGAAAUCACUCUCCAUAGAAAAAGAAAUUUGAUUUGAACUCUAUUAACAUUUCAAAAAUAGAUUAUCAAAUUUGCUUUCUAAUUGGCCAAAAGAAAUAAAUUCCA